UCCUUUUAUUGAUUUUGUUCCAGAACUGACUGGGUCUUACUUGCCAAAGGUGGUGCUGCUGGAGUAUCCAACAAAGGAGUAAAACUGUUCCUGCAGCAGAAUAAUGAUGGUAGAUCUGAAGGUGGCUGACUAUUUGAACCCUCGAAUUAGGGUUCUGUGGGAGAGCAAGGGGCCUGUGAUAGAGAGUUCCAGUCACAAUAAGAAAUAUACCGCACAAACGGACAGUCUCAAUCCUGAAAGCUCUCGCCAGCACUUCCGGAAUUUCUGCUAUCACGAAGCAGCAGGACCCCGUGAAAUUGUUGGACAACUUCAGGAAUUAUGUCGUCAGUGGCUGAGGCCAGAGCUCCACUCAAAAGAGCAGAUCUUGGAACUGCUUGUGCUAGAACAGUUUGUGACCAUUCUACCCAGGGACACCCAGAGCCGGAUAAGGAAGGACCGUCUACAGAGCAUUGAGGAGGCUGUAGUCCUGGUAGAACACUUGGAGAGGGAAUCUGGUCACACGAGGAAUGGGGUUGCAGUCCAAGAGCUGGGAAAGGAGGCAGUGAUCUUGGGAGAAACAGCAGAAUCCCAGCCAGUGGGAAUGGCCCAGGAUGAAGAAUUCUGGAAUACAUACCAGGGUCUGCAAGAACAGCUGAGCAGGAAUAUUCAUAAAGAAACUGAGCCUGUAUGUGAGAGGGCUGUGCCUGCUCACCAGAUCGUAGCAUUUCCUGUGCAGACAAACACUAAAGACUGGACAGUGGCACCCGAGCUCAUCUUGCCUGAGUCCCAGAGCUUGUUGACAUUUGAAGAAGUGGCCAUGUAUUUUUCCCAGGAAGAAUGGGAGUUACUGGAUCCCACUCAGAAGGCUCUCUACAAUGAUGUAAUGCGGGAAAACUAUGAGACUGUCAUCUCUCUAGCAUUAUUUGUGCUCCCCAAACCUAAAGUGAUCUCCUAUCUAGAGCAAGGGGAAGAGCCAUGGAUUCAAGGGCCCUUGGAGUUCAAGAACAGCCCUGGAGGGCUGCCUACAGGGUUAAAGGUCAAAACUGACACUGAAAACCAUCAGCCUGUGUGUCUUUCUGACUUAGAAAUACAAGCACCAGGAGACAUAGUAUCAAAAAAGACCCGAGUGAAAGUUCCCCAGAAAACAACAGGCAAAGAAAAUCAUGGUGAUACACACAGGAUGGGGAAGUGGCACCGAGAUUUUCCCGUGAAGAAAAGAAAGAAACUUUCAACCUGGAAACAAGAGCUGCUAAAACUUAUGGAUCUUCACAAGAAAGCUCGUGCUGGAGAGAAGCCAUUUAAAUGCCAGGAAUGUGGGAAAAGCUUCAAAGUUAGCUCUGACCUUAUUAAGCACCAAAGAAUUCACACUGAAGAGAAACCAUAUAAAUGUCAACAGUGUGAUAAGAGGUUUAGAUGGAGUUCAGAUCUUAAUAAGCACUUAACAACGCACCAAGGAAUAAAACCAUACAAAUGUUCCUGGUGUGGGAAAAGCUUCAGUCAAAAUACAAAUCUACAUACGCACCAAAGAACUCACACUGGAGAGAAGCCCUUUACGUGUCAGGAAUGUGGGAAAAAAUUCAGUCAGAACUCCCACCUUAUUAAACAUCGGAGAACCCACACAGGUGAGCAGCCAUAUACUUGUAGCGUAUGCAGGAGAAACUUCAGCAGGAGGUCAAGUCUUCUUAGACACCAGAAACUCCACCGCUGAAUGGAAGUUUAUCCAGUGUCCUCAUUCUGAAGAAAUUUACAAAGUAGAGGUUGACCCUGAGAUUUAUGAAAAAAUACAAAAUUAUGAAGUAUAAAUAACUCUUCAUCAGAGGAAAAUUUGUUGAUACAAACAUUUCACAGAAAGGAAUCAAGGUUGACUCUGCAGGGAUCUUUGUAAGUAGUUUUGUACUACUUACAUUUUUACACGUAACUUUUGGGGAAUUCCUUAGCAAGAAAGGUGCUGAAAGAACAUUCUCAGUAAGGGAAACAUUUUUGCAACUCUACCUGGCAAAAUAGCAAAUUCAGCUUUAAAUGGAAGAUGCGUACAUGAAUCAGUCUUUUAUGAUCACAGAGGGUAAAUACUGUUGGCUUUGCAUUGAAUUCCCAGCCACUUUUAAACACAUUGAUAGAAACAUUUGUAGCCUGGUCUUCCAAAAGAAAAAGCAAUAACCUGCAUGUUUAAUUGGAUACCAUUGCCUUCAGGAUAGUAGGCUUACCAAUUUCAAGAGCCCUAUGACACAAAAAUGAGCUCUGUUGUCAAAUUUUCCAAGAACCAAAUUGGAUUUUCUUCCUUUCCCUUGUCAUUGGACACUGUUCCCACCGUUUGGACAUCAUUUGAGUUCAUUCUUGAACAUUUUAGCAACUUUAGCUCUUGAAUCCUUUUAGCACCAUUUUUACUGUGAUGAAAUGCUAUUUACUUCACCACUAGGGAAUCUGCCAGAUAAAGUAAAAAUGCACUAUCUUAUACCUCAUUGGUGGUGUUUGAAAAAGAUAAACAUCUCUAAUGAGAUCAUAUGAAAACGGGUUGGAAUGUUUAGCCAUGGAUUAUGUAUUACAUGUAAAGAAUUUUUUGCAAUAAAAGAAACUAGUCCUUAUAAUCUCAGUAUGAUAAAACAUAAAAGAUAGCACUUUCUUGAGG